UCCAUCCUUGUCCACUAAUAAGUCCUCAUGAGUUCGGGUUGUUUUGCAGUCGUACUGGUACUUGUGGAGUCUUGCAGAUUCCUAUUUGCCGUUACUCUUUUGUUAUAGUGGCGUACAAGGACACAAUUCAGAAGUAGGCCUACCGAAAAUAUUAAUUAGUUUACAAGUCACAAUGCCUCCUAACGAUGAUGGCCUUAUCACGGCCGCUGAAGGGAUGCAGAUCGAAAACGGCAAUGGGAAAAUUCAGGUGGAACCGAACGCCAACGGGAAGGGAUGUGACAUCGGCGAAACAUCGGAUCAGGAGAAGGCGGAGGGAGACCCGGAGGGGAGCGAGUAUCGCUACGGUUGGUGCGGCUGGGCUCCGCGAUGGAUGCAGAGGUUCAACAAGGCCUCGUGGCUGCUAGCUAUCCUGUGCGGAUUCUCCACUGCACAGGGUCUGGUCAUCAAUGGCUACAUCAACACUGGAAUAGGCACCAUAGAGCGCCGCUUCGAACUCAGCAGUAAAGCUUCUGGCUUCAUCGUAAGCAUGUACGACAUCACAUGCGCCCUCCUCGUCCUAUUCGUGACGUACAUCGGUGGGCGUGGCCACAAACCAAAAUGGCUGACGUGGGGACUGGUCAUCAUGGGUACUGGCUCGGUCAUAUUCGCGUUACCUCACUUCACCACGGAGUUGUACCAGCCGGUGGUUGGCUCAGACUCCAUCCUCUGCAGGAAUGGAACCUCGGGGGAACCACAGUGCAGUGAGGACACGGGUGGCGAGUCCAGUCUCUCCAAUUACUUCUACGUGUUCCUGGUGGCCCAGGUGUUUCAUGGGGUGGGCGCCCUUCCGCUGUACACGCUCGGUGUCACUUUGCUGGACGAAAGCGUGACGACAAAGCAGACAGGGCUGUAUCUGGCUUGGUUCUACGGUUUCUCCGCACUCGGUCCAGCUCUUGGUCUCGUCUCGGGUGGCGUGUUCCUAGGUAUCUACACCGAUCUACAAGCUGACAAUGUUAAUGUGACAUCCUCGGACCCAGCCUGGGUAGGCGCCUGGUGGAUCGGCUUCGUCAUCGGUGCCAUCCUCUCCUUCAUCGUCGCCCUCCCAAUGAGCGGCUUCCCAACAGAAUUACCCACCACCGCUAAAAUCCGAGCUGAGAAGGAGUCCCAGGCACACAUCGCCGGUCACGAGGAGGAAGUCACACGGCCCAAUUUUGGCGCCAAGUUGGCCGACAUCCCGAAGGCAGUCAAGUUCCUCUUCAUCAACCCGACCUUUGUCUGUGUCAGCUUGGCGGCCAGCGCUGAGAGUCUGGUCAUCAGCGGCUUCGCUACCUUCUCGCCCAAGAUUCUCGGCAUUCAGUAUGGCCUGGCGCCCGGUGUGUCCGCUGCCAUUGUCGGUAUUUUCGCUGUGCCGGCGGCUGUUGGAUCUACAUUUCUCGGCGGGUGGUUGAUCAAGCGAUUCGAUCUGAAAAUACGGGGAAUGCUGCGACUAAGCAUUGUCAGCGUCGUCAUAGUCAUCGUGUUUGCAUUUGUCUUAUUGCUGACCUGUCCACAGGAAAUAGUCGCCGGGAUCAACACCAAUUAUUAUGCAAAUGAAUCUGCCGUCCAGGAAACGUUCCAAUCUCCAUGCAACGCCGACUGUGGAUGCGACGAAACGGCAGACUACAAUCCAGUGUGCGGAGACAACAACCUGCAGUACUUCGACCCUUGCCACGCCGGCUGCAAGUCAUUCUCGGAAGAUGGGGUGUUUUCAGAAUGCAGCUGUUUGGGGAUAGGUAACUGGACCGAGUCAUCUCUCCAGGUCACCACGGGACAGUGCCCCGUGGACUGCGGCGUCGUCUUGCCGCUCUUCCUGGUCGGAUAUUUCAUCACAAUGUUCUUCAACUUCAUGCCAGGGAUACCUGCGACGAACACGUGUUUAAGAUGCGUUCCUGAAACGCAACGGUCCUUUGCCCUGGGAGUACAAUGGCUCUUUGCUCGUGUUUUAGGCUCAGUACCAGGCCCUCUACUGUUCGGCAGCGUUCUAGACUCCAGCUGUCUCCUGUGGCAGGACGACUGCGGCACUCGAGGUGCGUGUUGGUUAUACGACCGCCAGAUGCUGGCCUGGAAGCUCCUGGCCAUCGGCGUGGGUUUCAAAGCGGUCAGUCUCCUCUUUUUCACGCUGUCCCUCAUCUUCUACAGGUCGGCCCACGACGGUGACGAAAGUGACGAUGAAAAGGCGAUGGCAGAUCCGGGAGAAGUCGAGGUGAGCCUUGACGAGAAGGGUGAAAAGGAGCUUUAUAGGCGGCUGGACUCGUCCAGCAGUACGGCAGAUAUCGUCCAGAAUGCCGUGUACGGAGAGACUGCUGAGGAGGGUGAGAUAGCGGAAUAAUCCAAGACCCGUUGGAAUGUCUGGAUUGCACUGUUGUAGCACAUCUCGCCAUGUUUAAAAAAAUCCGGAGGCUCAUAGACCAUUGCGCGCUAUAAACACAUUGGAAGCUACGCGCUGGUUUCGAAUCUGUUUAUUCGGAACCAAUCGAAAUUGAGAACAGCUAAUUAAGGAAAUCCCUGUUACGUUAACCAGAAAUCCGUCGUCUCGGAUUCCGACAUUGAGCUACUCAGGAAUAUUAAAGGUCACACCUACGUAUCAUUACGUUAAAAUGAAUAUGUACAUUGUUUUAAAAUCCCAAGUAUCAAACACGGAAUUUUAAGGUUGCAGCAGGGUCCUUCAUCUUUUUUAUGCUUUAUCAUGGUCAUUUUCUAACGGAAUUUGAUCUAUUAGUAACGUGACUUUUAACAGUGGGCCUUUAUUAUUUGUGCUCGUACUCCCAGUAAAAUUCCGUGAUAUUUAGCAAAAACAUUAUACAUUGUACAAGUUUUAAAUAACCAGAAGGACACACUGUAGCCUAUUACAAUGAUAUCUGUUAAUAUUGGCUCGUGAAUACAUAAAUAAUUACUGUAAAUAUACAAACAAACUAAAUUGUUGUGAAUAGAAAGACGAUAGUUUUCUCACAUAUCGCUAACUUUUGUACAUAAAAGUGAUCCAUAAAAAGAGGAAUAUCAGACUGCGAAGAAAAUGUUUUUAAGAAAUUCGAUUCCAGUUGGAUCGUCAUCAAUUGUUAAUUAUCCGAGCAGCCUUGUAAUUUUGUCGAGGUUUAUGUAAAUGAAAUACAAUAUUAUUGACAUUUGUUAUAUCGCAUGCGUAAAAUUCUAUGAUGUGUUGUAACUAUAAGAAUACUUUCUAUAUUAAAAGAUGAAUAAUAAAAGUAUCACAAUAUA